AUGUCUAAACCAGAAGCUAAGGAUUUGAGCCACUUGUUGAGUGAAGAAGCUAAGUCGAGAAAAAAUUCUCCAUUGAAGGCUGCUUUCAAGUAUUACAAACAACCAGGAAUGACGUUCUUGGGCGGUGGAUUACCAUUAUCGGACUGUUUUCCGUUCAACAAAGUGACAGCGGACAUCCCAUCGGUACCAUUUUCUGAAGGUAUUUCGGCCCCGCUCUCUGAUGAAGAUAAAACUGUAGUAGAAGUAUACAAGAGAGCCGAAAUGAAUAAAGACGACAAGCAGAUCGAGUUAUCCAGAUCAUUGCAAUAUGGACACACCGAAGGUCAAACCGAGAUUAUUGAUUUCUUGAAGGAACACACGGAAAAGAUCCACAAUGUUCCAUAUAAGGAUUGGGAUCUUAUAGCAUCUGUUGGUAACACGCAAUCGUGGGAUGCAACGUUGAGAUCGUUUGUGACCAGAGGCGAUUCUAUCUUGGUUGAAGAAUAUUCGUUCAGUUCGGCUUUGGAAACUGCCCACGCACAAGGUGUUAAUACCAUUCCAGUCCCAAUGGACGCGAAGGGAAUUCUUCCCGAAGCAUUGGAAAAGCAAUUAGACCAAUGGGUUGGACCAAAGCCAAAGUUGUUAUAUACCAUUUGUACUGGUCAAAACCCAACCGGGUCUUGUCUUUCCGCUGAAAGAAGAAAGGCUAUCUAUAAAUUGGCAUGCAAGCACGAUUUCAUCAUUAUUGAGGACGAGCCUUACUACUUCUUGCAAAUGGAAGAUUAUACCACCGACGAAAAGUCAAGGGCUAACAACAAGGUCGACAGCCAUGAAGAAUUCGUCAAGGCAUUAGUUCCAUCCUACAUCUCUAUGGAUGUCGAAGGACGAGUUAUCAGGUUAGACUCAUUUUCUAAGGUUUUGGCUCCUGGUUUGAGAUUCGGUUGGAUUGUCGGACAAGCCAAAUUACUUGAGAGAUAUGUCAGAAUCCAUGAAGUUUCUAUCCAGUGUCCAUCUGGUUUCACUCAAUCCCUCUGUAAUUCCUUGUUGCAAAAAUGGGGUCAAAAGGGUUACUUAGAUUGGUUAAUUGGCUUACGUGCCGAAUACACCCACAAGAGAGAUGUCGCUAUCGAUGCAGUUAACAAUUACUUCCCUAAGGAAGUUGUAUCCUUUAUCCCACCAGUGGCAGGUAUGUUUUUCACCACUACCAUCGACGCUUCCAAGCACCCGAAAUUCAAGUCCGAGUUUAGCGAGGACCCACUCCAGGUUGAAAAUGCCGUCUAUGAGCAAGCUUUGAAACAAGGUUGUUUGAUGAUCCCAGGUUCUUGGUUCAAGGCCGAAGGUAAAUCAAAUCCUCCACAACCUGAAUUACCAGAAAGCCCUGCUAGCAAAAACACCUUCUUCUUUAGAGGUACAUAUGCUGCCGUUCCAUUAGAUCAAUUAGUCAUAGGACUAGAAAAAUUCGGUAAAGCAAUUAAGAUUGAAUACGGUCUCUAA